ACUCCGAGAGCAAAGCAAGCAAGCAAGCCGCCGGGCAAUUGGCCAGGCCGCGUUUGUCGGCAAGGCGGUCUGGAAUGCAUCCUCCAAGCUGGACUAACCAUCGUUUGGGCCUUAACAGUACUAGUUUACCGCCGCCGACGGGAAGAGCAAGACGGGAAGCUCGCCAUGCUAGCUGGGAUCAUCGAUCAGCCCGCAUACGGUGUCGGUCACGUGAGGACCCGGCGGCCUAUGAGCAUCCUUCCUGGCCAGUCCAUCUCGACAUCCUCGACCACUCUGGGGCUGACGGGACGCCGGAAACAGUCGUUGGUAGCUUACUGCAUUGAGGGCGGAUGGCAGAGCUGCCUGCAUUGGGUGGUUCGGUGGCUUGGCCCGAGGGAGAAGGAGAGAGAACCAGGUUCGCGUCCCGGCCUGUCUGUGCUCACUCGGGUACAUGUGUGUGUGCGCAAGUGCGUGCGAUCUUCCUCACGUAAUGACGUGGCGGAACGAGGGGACAAACAACUCCAGAUAGCCCUGCCAGCCUACCCUGUUCGCCGGCCGGAUUCCCCCAUUCAAGGGGAGCUCUGGAUUUCAGUGUCACAAACUGCCCUGCAAUUUCCUCGUUUUCCCUUCUCUUUGGAUUCUGUCGGUUCCGGUUCGGUUCGAGUCAUGCAUCUGACCCUGCACAUGGGAAUAUCGUGUGAUAAGAAUCCAGAAUCCAGAGUCCAGGUGUGACACGCUGUACGAGGAGGGUCGGUUCUACAUCUACUCCAUACACUCCCCGUCAAGGCGUCUCGUCGCGUGACGCUGGAAAGAGAAGGUUAGGCUCGGGAGAAGAUUUUGGUGACCGAUGCCUGACCUGGUAGGGAUGGCUCGUAACCACUCGACUCGCUAACGCGCCAUUCUCAACCCUCUCAGGCCCUAAGCCGUC